AUGCAGCUGCAGCAGCUCCAAGAGCGGCUGGCCAAGACCGAGGCCCAGCUCGCCCUCAAUAAUACGCCGAGAUCAACUCCAUCGGGGCGCCCGCAGUCGCGGUCCGAGACCACGGAGCCGGCCAUCUCGUCGCGUUGGCCAUCGAUGCCGGACCCCGUCACGUCGAACGCAAGCUCGGGCACCAUGUCGCGCCGAAGCUCGCAAUAUCAGCUGCCGACGACGGCAACUUCACAGGCUUCAUUGGUGUCGGCUUCAGGACAUCCGGCUACUAGUAACCCAAUGGAUCUGGAUAAGCCCAGGAGGAUGAGUGCGGUUGUGGAUAUGUCUACAAACGGCUCAUCCCUGCUCGACAUCGAUCUUUUUACUUCAUUCAACGAUGGCGCAGACUCCAACAUGGCUUUCGAUUGGACAAAUCAGCCACCGCUGUCGGCACUCGAACCCUUGGACAACCUCCUCCUCAACCGUCUUUCACCCCAAUCAUUGUCCCAUAGCGACCCAGACGAAGACAUAUCUCCCGCGGAACUGAGUGCGCUGCACAACCACUAUUUCGAGUCCAUCUACUUUUCCUUCCCGUUCCUGAACAGAGAUCGGUUCUUGGAAGAGUCUGCGGGCGCCAGCAGCCCUGCAGUGAGCGCCCUGAUAUACGCCGUGGCCCUGGCCGGCUGCGCACAUUCCCCCAAACACCCCAACAGACAGGCCACUUGCUACAGUCUGGCACGCAACUACGCCGAGAAGUGCGAGCGAGACGGCGGCCUGAACGACCUCAACUUCCUGCAGGCCUUGCUGUUCAUCGGUCGUUUCGAGGCCAUGGACCGGAAGCUGGAAAGAAGCUGGCUGACGCUGGGACGCGCUGCUAUGCUUUGCAGGCUUCUGAGGUUGCCGCAGAUGGACCAAGUCGACGAGGGUGACGGAUUCCAAGACGAUGCGGGGCAGAGUGGCCCUCCCAUGUGUUUGCCGCGUACGGAUGAUCCCGUUCUUUUGGAGGAGCGCCGACGGACGUUUUGGGGGCUAUAUAUAUUGCAAAGUUACGUCAAAACGCGUACAGGCUGGCAAUGUCAGCUCGGUGAUGUCAAUGUGCAAACUGAUGCAUCCAUUCGGUCCUUGGCGGCAGGUCAGCUGACAAGAUGCCCAGAACUUCCGAAUAUACCUGCCAUCCCCCGGCCUGCUGCGAUCCGGUCUGGUGCCGCUAAAGAUGCCAUUCUUGUCCGAACCCUGCGCUGCUUCGAUCACGGACAAGAGCGCGCCACGGCCGGCUUCUGGGACGGCUACUGCGCUUUGGUCAAGACCACGGAUGAGCUUUUUGGCAUGCUCAAGCGGCACCUCAACGCCACGUCCAUCCGCGAAGACCCAAUGGCGUUCAGCCUGUAUCUCAACCUGCGUGCCACGGAAAUAUUUUCACACGAGUCCGCCAUCACGCGGAGCGAAGAGCAGGGCCUGCCGCCGCUCAUGACUGCCGAGAGCCAACGACGCGCCACGGCCGCGGCGUUUCAGAUAUCAAGCGCGGUGCGGCUCAACGUGCCGUCGCCAUGGAAGGCGGAUAACGAUAUCUUCAUGCUGCAGGCUCUGUUCAUUGGGUGGCCUCUUACCAUGGCCCUCAAGGCGCUGUAUCGAGAACUCGUGCAAGGGGGAAGCCGCGAGACUGUGAAUGGUGUCGUGGCUUCGUCGAGGUUGCUUUUCGCCUUUUUGGAUCACAUUGAGGAGUCGGGGGGACACUGGCACCAGCGCGUGGCGCAUGUCGAGACAAAGCUUCAGGAAUGGGAUGAAAAGAAUGGAUUCGACUCCUUGGCUCUAAUUUCACUCAGCAGUUCAAGCCGGCUGACCAACGCCAACAAGAUCCAGCAAACAUCUGAUCUAGUUUGGGAUUUUUUCUCGGAUGAACACAAUCAUCAUGCUACGGUGGUUGAUGAGUCUACCCUUCAGGUCUUUCUGACCUCGGACAAGCUGUGCUCCCAUCGUCUUUCAGGGGCUCAGGAUUAUUUAGAUGACCAUGGUACCAAGCUCGACCUGGUUCCUCGGGUGAGGAACUUGGCAACGGUCAUCAGCAUGCCAGAGUUGGACCAAGCCGCUUUCUGGGCUGCGCUCUGGUUAAUGCCUACCAAGGAUUUACAGGAGCUGCACGACAAUCUACGUCCUCCUACGUCCGAAAGAGACCAAGCACGACUACGUCGUCAGCUGGUGCUCGCUGUCCCUCAAAUCCCAAGACUUGUCAGAAUCUUUCGUGGACAGGAUCCUGACACCUUGACCAAGGACGACAACAAUGCUCCCAAGACUUACAAUGCCGGGGACAAACAGAACCGGCGGGAGGCUGACUUGGCUCUAGAACGAGACAAGCACAAAUGCGUCAUUACAGACACACUUCACCCUCAAGUCUGCCACAUCUUUCCCUUCGCUUCCUUGAAGUACAGGUACCAGAAAGUCCUGCCAUUAUGCCUAGAGGGGAUGACAAAGAUCUGGGGAAGUGAACGGGUUGACACCCUUUCUGAAAAGCUAUGGGUCUACGGACCCAACGACAAUACUGCUAUCGACACGGUUACCAACAUGAUUUGCCUAAGUCCGCAACUGCAUGAUUGGUGGUCGAGGGGUUACUUUGCUCUCGAGCCCAUCAGGUUUUGGUCCGAACCUUUACCCGACAGCACCCCAGACAAGCCGGACAGGCCAGACAGGGCGGCGAAGAAACGCAAAAUUCCCGAGAAAUGGAGCAUCCAGAUACGCUUCCAUUGGUUAAGGAAGACCGACGUCCCCAUGUUGACGUCAAAAGUCAAGUUUUCUGAUGAUCCAAUCACUAUGAUGCAAGAGCCAGCGGGCGAGGGUCUGGUCAGAGCUUUCAACGCAACCACGUGCCGACAGGUUGAGAACGGCCAAAUCUUUACCAUGACGGCCGAUAGUCGAGACAGGCUACCUGACUACGACAUACUUCUUUUACAAUGGGACCUGCUACGAAUGUGGCGUCUAGCUGGGGGCGCGGAUCCUACUGUAUACCCGUUGGACGACGACUUUCUUGACAGCAGUGACGAGGAGGUCCAAGUGACUGGCGAUGAUGGAAUCCAGGAGACUGCCAGAGGAGAUGGUCAGAAGGAUGUCCACCGCGAUUCCACGACACGUUGA